UCUCAUGUUUAUUUUCUUGCAGGCAACUAAUCUUCAACCAUGUCUUUCAUUUUUGAAUGGAUUUACAAUGGCUUCAGCAGCAUGUUGCAAUUUUUAGGAUUGUACAAGAAAUCUGGAAAACUAGUGUUUUUGGGCUUGGACAAUGCUGGUAAAACCACUCUUCUGCACAUGCUCAAAGAUGACAGAUUGGGUCAACAUGUCCCUACACUACAUCCUACAUCAGAAGAGUUGACUAUUGCCGGAAUGACUUUCACAACUUUUGAUCUUGGUGGACAUGAGCAAGCUCGCCGGGUUUGGAAGAAUUAUCUGCCAGCAAUUAAUGGAAUUGUCUUUCUAGUGGAUUGUGCUGAUCAUUCACGUCUCAUGGAGUCCAAAGUAGAACUUAAUGCACUAAUGACAGAUGAAACAAUAUCCAAUGUGCCAAUCCUUAUCUUGGGUAACAAAAUUGACAGACCAGAGGCCAUCAGUGAGGAGAAACUGAGGGAGAUUUUUGGGCUUUAUGGACAGACUACAGGAAAGGGAAAUGUGCCACUGAAGGACCUGAAUACACGUCCCAUGGAAGUGUUCAUGUGCAGCGUGUUGAAGAGACAAGGCUAUGGUGAAGGCUUUCGUUGGCUAUCGCAGUACAUUGACUGAUGUUUGGACAGACAUAGUUUUACUCCUUUGGACUGAUCCUGUUCACAGCUUCCUUAUGGACUUUUCUAUUAGAAUGUGGAAGGCUCUCCUGCCACAUAUUGGCAUUGACCAAGAGACUCCUGGUUUUCAACUAUCCUCUUGCACAGUGGUGACACAACUCUUUUCCACAUGACUGGGAGAUAACACAAUUCUGCACACUGGUGCAAGUUGUCCCUUUUUGUUGCCAUUGUUGCCCACAGAAUCCAUGGCUUUCAGCUACAAUGGGGCUGAUGUGAUCUGGAAUCCAAAAGUCUGCGCACUGCACUGUAACAGCUGAAAAAGAGAAUACGUCUCACCACUGUGGCUAAUUGACUUAAAGAAAGCAAUUAUAUUUUUUAAAAGAAAGUGUUAAUGUAAGCAUUGUCCCUUCUAACUUUUUGGUUAAACAUUUAUCUUGUUUGGUCUGGAGUCUAUUAGGGUUUUUUAAAAUCUAUUUAAUGGUAUUUAGAUAUUUUCCACCUUAUUGAACCCCAAGUAUCAUGAUAUCAAGUCCUAAAUAAACACAGAUUUGGGCUUAAUUGGUGUAUAGGAUGGUUGUGUUGUGUCACAUUAGGUGAUCAUGAAGAGGGUGCUGUUGGGACAAACUUGUGCAAUGAAACUUCUUUAAUUUACAGGGAUUUUAGUUGGAAAAAGGACAGAUAAGCACAUAUGUUCUGUUGAUGCCUCAUGCUUAGGUAUUUGAAUGCAGUUUCCAGCCUCACCUUAGUGAAGGGGUGAUGCUAUGGAAGGGAUUGUAGCUGUUUUGUUCAGUUUCCCAUCAGCAGUCUUUCUGCUGUGGUGGAUUAGAUUUAUUGGGUUCUCACUCUAGAAUGUAGAAAGUUCUUUGUUGCAGGGUUCCACUGUAUUAUAACAGUAAAAAAUCAUGAUGUUAUUU